UUUCAAUUUUUAAAAUAUAAUUUAUUCAUUUAAUAAUUUUCUAAAUUUUACACACUCUGUGCUAUUUUUAUUUAUUUAGUAUCAUGUAAUUUUAAGUUUAUUACAAAAGUAAAUCGCUUUGACUAAUAUUUAUAAGUUAUUAUUUCAUUUAUUUUAUAAACAAAUAUUAAGCAUGAAUUUUGAACCGGACUUAAAACAAUAUACCAUGUGUUCAGUGCUGGGAUCAUGUUUUUCAGAUCGCGCUGUUGUAUUUCUUGGUAAACAUAAUAAUAGUGGAAAUUUGGUGGCUUUGAAAAAUUUUAACUUGGAUACUAUGUCUAAAAUUGAUUGUCAGCUAAUUCAAGAUGAAGUUUACAAUACUAGACAACUAAUGCAUUCUAAUAUAAUUCCUUAUAUAACCUCAUUUCUGGAAAAAAGCCAGUUGUAUGUUGUAUUUCCUUUAAUGGGAUAUGGUUCCUGUCGUGAUUUACUACGAAAUCAUUUUAUUGAAGGUCUUCCAGAAACUGUUAUUGCAUUUAUUUUACGAGAUGUUAUUCUGGGACUUGAAUAUAUCCAUAAUAAAGGACUUAUACACAGAGCUAUUAAAGCUAGCCAUAUACUAAUUCGAGCUGAUGGACAUGCAUGUUUAUCUGGCUUACGUAACAUAUGUUCAAUAGAUAAACGAUCAAACUUACAUUCGCUGCCACUGCAAUCAGCAAAUAACUUAAAUUGGUUUAGCCCAGAAAUGCUUGAACAAAACCUUUUGGGAUAUAAUGAAAAAUCGGAUAUUUAUAGUUUGGGAAUUACAGCUUGUGAAUUAGCUAAUGGAUUUGUACCUUUUGCUGAAACUGAUACCACAUUAAUGCUUACCCAAAAAGUGAAAGGACUUAUUCCUCACUUGCUUGAUUGCACUACUUGUUAUCCAUAUGAAGAUAAUGGCUAUCAAUCAGAAGAAGCAAUUGGUAUAGACUCCAAUCCAGUUAGUAGUGUUUAUACUAGAAUGUUUAGUGAAUCAUUUCAUAAUCUUGUCGAACAAUGUUGUCAAAAAGUAUCAGACACCAGACCUUCUGCAACAGAACUAUUAGCUCAUAACUUUACUAAGCAAGUUAAAAAAUUUAAUUUUAAAGUGACAGAUUUAUUAAGACCUGCUGUACCACUGUUAAAAAGCAAUGUUACAGAAAUAAGUGAUGAUUUAGCUUCUGUUAGUGGAAUUUCUCAACAACUUAGUGAUCUCGAUUUACUUGCUUAUUCGUGGGAUUUUGAUUAUACUGAAGUAGCUUCUGAAAAUUAUUGAAAAAAAAAAGGAUUUAUAAUAAGUAUUAUGACUUUAAAUAUGUGAUAUUUUUUUGUUCUUUUUAAAAUUUACUUUAAAAUAAUUAAUUUGUAUAAUAUAAUUAUAUGUUCUAAGUAUGAUUCUAAUUGUUACAUACCAGUUACCACUGAUUAAUUUUAACAAAUAUUUAUUUAAAAUAAUUAACUAUAUACUAUUUUAUUAUUGCAUAUUUUCUUAAAGUCAAAU